UUAAGGUCUGUCCGCACUCUCAAUGUGUUAUACUUCCUGAUGACUCAAGGUGUCGCUAUGCACCUACAAUAGAGUAGCCUUCAUCAUAUCAACCUUCAGCCUGUUCACCAACCUCCUCUUCAUGAUGGCAGUACAAACCUGGAGAUUGGUUUAAAAGCGGAGGGCUAUUAAGCCGAUGGUUCUACGAUCGAAUCAUUGCAUUUCGUGCGUAUUAAGGAGACCCAACCUAUCGUCACAGUUGUUUACUAAUCCGUUUGUACAAGGAUGGAAAACCAUGGCUUCUUUCUUUGUUUGAUUUGGUUAUUUGCGCUGCAAUACGUUUAUGGCGACCUGAGCUAUUCGGUUCAAGAGGAGUUGAAGCUUGGAUCUGUUAUUGGGAAUAUCGCCAAGGACCUGGGACUUACAUUGGACAUAUUAUCUGCUAGGAAGGCUCGUAUUGAAACAGAGGAAAACGAACGGAGGUAUUGUGACGUCAGUCUAAGAAGCGGAGAGCUCAUUGUUUCAGAGAGAAUCGACAGAGAGGAACAAUGCGGGGAAAAGCCGUCGUGUGUUCUUAAAUUCGAGCUUAUUUUGGAAUCGCCAUUAGAAUUACACCGUGUAUCAUUACAGAUAAAAGAUGUAAAUGACAAUGCACCAAGAUUCCCGUCGGAAAUAAUAAAGCUGGAAAUAAGUGAAUCUGCUGUCAAAGGCGCUCGGUAUCGCGUUGAUGCGGCUCACGAUGACGAUGAAGGCCAGAAUGCAAUUCAGACGUACAGACUUCAACCUAACGGUCACUUUGUUUUGAAUGUACAAACUACAGAUGCUGGCAGUAAAUACAGCGUAUUGAUUCUUGAUAAGGAGUUAGAUCGAGAGGCGCAGCAGAAUAUUAAAUUAUUGCUCACGGCUCUAGAUGGUGGUUCUCCUCAGAGAUCUGGAACAGUUGCAAUAAACGUCAUCGUGUUGGAUGCAAAUGAUAACGCCCCUGUAUUUAGUCAGGCCGUGUACGAGGCAAGUCUGCCUGAAAACGCUCCAUUGAAAACUCACGUAAUUACUGUCAGCGCUACUGAUGCGGACGAAGGUGUUAAUGGUGACGUUACGUAUGGACUAGGCCGAAUAACAGAAAAAUCGAAUUCCUUGUUUUCUCUUGAUGGACAGACUGGGGCGAUUAUUGUGUCCGGUGUCAUAGACUUUGAAGAUGGACCAAAAUAUGAAAUAUUUGUGAAGGCACAAGAUGGAUAUGGUCUUUCUUCUGAUACUAAAGUAAUUAUAAGUAUAUCUGAUGUUAAUGACAACGCCCCAGUCAUAUCGCUGAAGUCAUCGACCAAUCCCGUCCCUGAGAACGUGUCACCUGGUACGGAGGUGGGCCUUAUUAACGUGCAGGAUAGAGAUUCUGAGAAAAACCGAAAGGUUAGGUGUUCUCUUCAGCAACAUGUUCCUUUUAAACUUAUUCCUUCAAUUAAAAACUAUUAUUCCUUGGUAACAACAGAGAAACUAGACAGGGAACUGGUGUCUGAAUACAACAUUACAAUAUCCGCCACCGAUGAGGGCUCUCCUCCUCUGUCGUCAGUUAAAGUUGUUCACAUCUCAAUAGCUGACGUCAACGACAACCCACCUGUGUUUGAGGAGCAGUCGUAUAGCAGCUAUGUCCCUGAGAAUAACAAACCGGGCCACAGCCUGUGUUCUGUUAAGGCCAAUGACCCAGACUGGAGACAAAACGGUACAGUGAUCUAUUCUCUUUUACCUGGUGAAGUCAACGGUGCUCCAGUCUCCUCUUAUUUAUCUGUUAAUGGAGACACCGGAGUAAUCCAAAGUGUCAGGUCGUUUGAUUAUGAACAGUUUCGGAGCUUUAAAGUCUAUGUAAUGGCACGAGACAACGGUUCUCCUCCGCUCAGCAGCAACGUGACUGUGAGUGUCUUCAUAACGGAUGUAAAUGACAACACUCCUCAGAUACUUUACCCUGCCCCAGAGGGAAACUCCUUCAUGACUGAACUGGUACCCAAAGCUGCACAAGGAGGUUCUCUGGUUUCCAAGGUGAUAGCAGUUGAUGGGGACUCUGGACAGAACGCCUGGCUGUCCUAUCACAUCAUUAAGUCCACUGAUCCGGGACUCUUCAAAAUCGAUCUUCACAGUGGGGAGAUCAGGACCCAGCGAGACAUUUCUGAUUCUGACAACAUGAAACAGAACAUUGUAGUCGCUGUAAAGGAUAACGGACAGCCCUCCCUCUCUGCUACAUGUUCCAUGUUUUUACUGAUCUCUGAUAACUUGGCUGAAGUUCCAGAACUGAAGGACAUGGCUUAUGAAGAUAGCAGUUCUAAAUUAACUUCUUAUCUGAUCAUCGCGCUGGUAUCCGUCUCCACCUUUUUCCUGACUUUCAUUAUUAUCAUUCUGGGAUUGAAGUUUUGUCGGAGGAGAAAGCCCAGACUAUUGUUUGAUGGAGCGGUUGCAAUUCCCAGCUCUUAUCUCCCUCCAAACUACGCAGAUGUGGACGGCACUGGAACUUUACGCAGCAUGCAUAAUUAUGAUGCCUAUUUAACCACUGGAUCUAGAACAAGUGACUUUAAAUUUGUCACGUCUUACAAUGACAACACACUGCCUGCAGACCAGACCCUGAGAAAAAAUCCAACAAACUUUGAAGAAGUGUUUGGAGACCUUGAUGUUUCCCCUGAGGUAAAUAGAUAACAUGUUUAACUCCUCUUAUGUUUCCACUAAGAAAUAUGCUCCGUCAGCUUCUCUCCAUUACAUCUCAUAUUGGGAGUUCUCUUUGGCAGUCAACAUUGUAUAAUGCAACGCUUUUACAACAAUUUUGUCUUUUCACAAAUGGUGAAAUUGAGUACAGUUGUUUGUUUCGAUUUUUCAUUCCAAACAUUAGGCCUUAAUAUUAUGAACAUAAUUGUGGUACGACACACGUUUUUUUGCUGAUGAACCAGUUAUGGAUGUAACAACCCAUUCUUUCUUUCUGUGCAGUACGAUGUGCAGCACCUUAAUUGGGUAUGUGGUAGAAUUUCUGUUUUUCUUCCCCCUAUUACUUUCUCUGUGCCCAGUCUGUCACCACUAGUCCUACUUGGUUGUUGAGUUUUUGGAGGAUCCAGCAUCUACUGCAGUUUCCUGUGUUAUCCGAGGAUUGUAUUAUCAUAACAAUGUGUGUUAGCAGCUCCAACCAAUCACUCACAGUUAUACUAUCUGGAGGACUGACUGAGGUGUUGAACCUCAGUCAGUUGGAUCUCUAGCUGUUACUACUGACCGAUCGCGUGCUAUGUCGCUGUCCAUGGUGCUUGGAUGUCCUUUCUGCGCUGUUUAACGUUGUAAUGCCUUCAUAAAUACUAUACCAUGUAAUUUAUAUUAUUUAUGCCUAAUUGUAAUAAUUCCACUUAAUUCGUUUUAUUGAGAACAAAGCCUUUAUGGUUUCCCUUUCAGCUCAAUUACAAGUCCAGAAAUAACGACGGUGAAAGGAAAACUAUAUUCAAUAGAAGGCCUAUUUGGUGUUAUAUGAUUAACGUCCAAUCUGAAUAUGUUACACUUCCUACUGACUCAUGGUGUCACCAUGCACCAGCAAGUGAGUUCAACAGAAUACAAUCGUCUGCAUUUCCACCUACCACGUAGCCUAUUGAUGCGGGCAGAAUGCUACAAAGUUUGGACAUCGCUCACCAGCGAUAUUUGAGUCGAAUGAUCUUUUCGUUCCUUCCAUCAAAUCCAUUCCUUUAGACCGUUGUUGGCAAUCUAGUAACAGUCGUUAGCCUAUAUGGAAUACUGCUCUGUUUUACAAUGGAACAGAGUCGAUUGGGUCUUUGCGUCUUUUUAUUUUUUGGACUGCAUUUCGUUCAUGGCGACCUGAGCUAUUCUGUUCAAGAGGAGAUAGAGCGUGGAUCUGUUAUUGGAAAUAUCGCAAAGGAUCUGGGAUUGGACGUCGGAAUAUUAUCUACUCGUAAGGCUAUUAAAACGGUGGGAAGCGAACGGAGGUAUUGUGAUGUCAAUCCUCGGAGCGGAGAGCUCAUUGUUUCAGAGAGAAUUGACAGAGAGGAACAACACGGAGAAAAGGCUUCGUGUGUUCUUAAAUGAAGCUGCUUAUGGAAUCUCCUUUGGAAUUACACCGUAUAUCCAGUGGCGGUGGGUCAAUAGAGGGUGCUAGGGCGCCGCCCCUCCGUGAAAUAUUCACUUGAAUAUGUCUGUCAACUAUUAAUCAACUAUUAUCAAUACGAAAUAAAUCAACAAAAAUACA